GCAAAUUCCACUGCACGCUACAUGCUGCACCAUUUGGCAGGUUGAUUGUUGCACAGGAGCAGAACAUGGCUACUAAAGUCGCUGUUGUCACAGGAGCCAACAAAGGCAUCGGACUAGCGAUAGUGAAAGGACUUUGUAAAGCAGGUUACAGUGGAGAUGUUCUCCUGACUGCUCGCAGCGAAGCGCUGGGAAAGAAGGCACUGGAGCUGGUGAAAGCCGAGGGCUUCGAAAACGUCGCCUUCCAUCGACUCGACAUCUGCGACCAAAGCAGCUGCCUCGCGCUCAGAAAGUUUCUGGAGGAGAACUACGGAGGCCUGGACGUGCUUAUCAACAACGCGGGAAUCGCUUACAAAGAGAAUGCCACUGAGCCUUUUGGGGAACAGGCUGAAGUCACCAUGCGCACCAACUUCUGGGGAACCCUGUGGGUGUGUCAUGCUCUAUUCCCCCUGCUGAGACCAAAUGCUCGUGUGGUCAAUGUGUCCAGCUUCUACAGCAAGCUGACUCUGGAGAAAUGUAGCCCAGAACUCCAGGCAAAGUUGAGAAGAACAGACAUGUCUGAGGAGGAGCUCUGCUCAAUGAUGGGGGAGUUUGUUAUUGCUGCACAGAUUGGAGCUCAUGAGGCUCAGGGCUGGCCACACCGUCCUUAUGGUACCACCAAGAUCGGUGUGACUGUCCUUUCAAGGAUCCAGGCACGGGUUCUUAAUGAAACCAGGUCCAGCGAUGGCAUUCUCAUCAAUGCCUGUUGCCCAGGCUGGGUGAGAACAGACAUGGCUGGUCAGAAUGCGCCCAAGAGCCCAGAACAAGGAGCAGAAACUCCGGUGUACCUGGCAUUGUUGCCAGAAGGAGCGAAGGAGCCACAUGGACAAUUGGUUUGGGACAAAGAGGUGCAGGAAUGGUAGCAGGAAAGUAGAAAAAUAGCACAUAAAUUAUGUAAACAGAAUAAAAUGUAUUAAAACUAAUGAUUAAGUUCUACUGGAUAAAGCAAUCUAAUUUUUACUCAUCUUGAUUGACAUAAUAAUAUUGGUUUUGUAAUGCAAUAUUUUCCCCACAAAUAUUUGUAUAAAAUUAAUAAAAAAAAAUGAUGUUA